UCUACGGAAUUGUGAAGUUUUUGAUUGAUUCCGGUAAGAUCAAGCAGUAAGGAUGGCCCGUACUAAGCAAACCGCCCGUAAGUCGACCGGAGGAAAGGCUCCACGAAAGCAGCUGGCCACGAAGGCUGCACGUAAGAGUGCACCCUCGACCGGAGGCGUGAAGAAGCCUCACCGUUACCGUCCAGGAACGGUGGCCCUGCGAGAAAUCCGUCGUUACCAAAAGUCGACGGAGUUGCUGAUCCGCAAGCUGCCCUUCCAGCGGUUGGUGCGUGAGAUUGCGCAGGAUUUCAAGACUGAUCUGCGCUUCCAAAGUGCCGCAGUGGCAGCCCUGCAGGAAGCUAGCGAGGCGUACUUGGUAGGCUUGUUCGAGGAUACGAACUUGUGCGCCAUCCAUGCCAAGCGCGUCACCAUCAUGCCCAAGGACAUUCAGCUGGCCCGCCGCAUCCGAGGAGAGCGUGCCUAA